AUGUCCGGCAUAGGCACCCUCCCGUGGCUCCUCGCCAUCGCCCACGACCGCCUGCACCCACCCCCGGACCCGAAGCCAGACCUCACGAACCGCACAAUCCUCAUCACAGGCGCCAACACAGGCGUCGGCUUCGAAGCAGCCCUCAAAUUCGUCUCCCUCAACGCCUCCCGCGUCAUCCUCGCCGUCCGCAGCCUCUCAAAGGGCGAAACCGCUCGAACUGAGAUUGAGAAACGUACAGGAAGGAAAGGCGUCGUGGAGGUUUGGGCUUUGGAGAUGGGGGAUUAUGCGAGUAUCAAGGACUUUGUGGGACGGGUGGAGAGGGAAGUAGAGAGGUUAGACGUCGCGGUUCUGAACGCGGGCGUAGCGAAAUUGGGCUUCGAAGCGGGACAAUAUGGCUGGGAAGGGACAUUGCAGGUCAACACCCUCUCGACCGCCCUCCUGGCGCUGCUCCUCCUCCCCAAACUCCGUGCCAGCCGCACGGCGGACUCCACACCCGUCCUCGAACUCGUCUCCUCAGGAAACCACACGCAAGUCCAAAUCAACCCCUCCGCGCACACCGCCCCCUCCCCCCUCGAAGUCUACAACUCCCCCACCGCCUACGACGGCCUCGCGCAGUACUCCAUCUCCAAACUCUUCCUGCAGUUCUUCCAGACCGGACUCGUCCGCCACCUCGGCGCCUCCGUCCAGCAGGCGGGUGUGGAGGUCGUGACGAUCUGUCCCGGCGCGACGAAGAGCGAGCUUGCGCGGGGGGAUUUACCCCUCGCGUUGAGGGUUUUUCAGAAGGUGUUUUAUUACGUGCUUAUGAAGCCUACGGAGCAGGGGGCGAGGACGUAUGUUGGUGGUGUGGAGUUGAAGGGGAGGGGGCAUGGGGGGUUUUUUCGGUAUGGGAGGGUUGAUGAACCCGCACCAACCCUCACCGGGCCCGAAAACGAGAAAUUGCAGGAGAAGGUCUGGGAGGAUAUUUUGAGGAUUCUGAGGAAGGAUGUGCCGGAGGUGGAUGGCGUUCUCGCUUCUGUUGCUGCUGCAACGUCAGAGGAGGGGAGGAGCAAGGAUUGA